GAGAGAUACGCGACGAAACGAAGAGUUUUGUGAUAUCUAGAAAACAAAAAAAGAGAGAUACCCUACAAAGGCCAUAACACAGAAUCUUCUAGCUUUCUUCUUCCUUCCUUCAAUCAAUCUUCUCUCUCUCUCUAGCAAAAGAUUCUCACCCAACAUGCUUCUCUUUCUAUAUAAUCGCUUCACAUAGAUCUCAUCUCAGGUUGUUUCUUUCUUCUCACACUCUCCUUCCUUCCAUGUUCUCUACCUUGCUUGCUUACUCUGUUGUUUUUGAUCAAAGAGAGUUGAUUUUGAGAUCAUGAAGAGAGAGUUCUGGUAAAGUUUGAGUUUUUAAGAUCGAGAAAUUUUUUAAAAAUGGGUUCUUUAGGGGAUGAGCUGAGUUUGGGAUCGAUCUGUGGUUCUCGGAGAGGAGUUAUCAUGAAUGUUGUGGCGAUUGAGGACGAACAUGUUAAGAAGCUUGAAGAAGAGAAGCGAAAGAUCGAAAGCUCUCAACUUGAGCUUCCUCUGUCUUUGCAGCUUUUAAACGAUGCGAUUUUGUAUCUCAAGGAAGAGAAUAAGAGAUGUUCAGAGAUGAAUGCUCAACCAUUGUUGAAAGAUUUCAUCUCUCUUGAUAAACCUAUGAGCGAAGAGAUUGAUAUGCAAUUGCUGAAGAGGGAUGAACUAAUAAGGGAGAAGAAGUUUCAGCAAUGGAGAGCUAAUGAUGAUCACAUCUCAGACACUAAGACCAAGAACAAGCUAGGGGUUCAGAGAAAUGGGGAGAAAUCUUCUAUGUUGUUGGUUCCAAAAGUAGAAACUGGUUUAGGCCUCGGUUUAACUUCGAGUUCGAUCAGAAGAAAAGGCAUUGUUGCCUCCUCUCGUGGCUUUACUUCUAACUCUAUGCCACAACCACCGCCACCACCACCACAACAACCAGCAUUUCUUCAACAGCAAGCUUUGCGGAAGCAAAGAAGGUGCUGGACUCCUGAGUUACAUCGUCGUUUUGUUGAUGCAUUGCAACAGCUCGGUGGACCGGGAGUGGCAACUCCUAAACAAAUCAGAGAGCAUAUGCAAGAAGAAGGCUUAACCAAUGAUGAAGUGAAGAGUCAUUUACAGAAAUACCGGUUACACAUCAGGAAGCCUAAUUCAAAUGCAGAGAAACAAUCAGCAGUUGUUCUAGGGUUUAACUUGUGGAAUUCAUCAUCACAAGAGGAAGAAGAAACAGUUAAAGGAGGAGAAUCAUCAAAGAUAAGCAACUCGCAAUCAGAUUCUCCUCAAGGUCCUUUGCAGCUGCCAUCUACAACAACUACAACUGGUGGAGAUAGUAGCAUGGAAGAUGUAGAAGAUGCUAAGUCUGAGAGCUUUCAGAUGGAGAGACUGAGGUCACCAUAAAUAUAUGUCCGUUUUUGCAAGAAACCAAACUCUUGAGAUCCCGGUUUUGUUUUAUUUUUGGGGUUCAUUACUAAUUUCUAUUAGUAGUGAAUGAGAACAAUAAUUAUAGAAAGGUUAAAGAUAUAUAUAGAGAAGAAAAAAAAAAGAGCAAUAUAGAGAGAGUGAGGAUAUAGUUCAAAUUAUUUGCAGGGAUUAUUAUUAUUAGCCUUGUUUGGUGUACGGCUUUUUUUUGGUUGGGGUGUUUAAUUGAGGCAUUAUUAUCCAAGUUUAAUUACGUUUGCUUCA